AUUCUUUUUAUUAAACACAGGUGGAGGCGCUGCAGGAGGACAAGGAGGAGCUCAAGAGGGAAAUUCAAGCCACGAAGGAGCGAAUGACGACAAAAAACAAACACACACUUGAAUUUCCCGCCAAAAGUGACCACGGUUGUAAAUGUAAACAGACUGACUCCGACGCACCCAAAAGGACUGCAAUGCUCUCUACCACUGCUACUAUCGAUACUACUACUGCAAUAACUGUCCUCACUGCUCCGCCUGGUCCUCCUGAGUCUACUACUAUCACUAAUGGCAGGAAUAGUAGCACUGGGCGGAUAGUAGACCGUGUUUCUGGUGGAGCGGUGACUGAAACUACUUCUAUUACUAUUAUUCCGACUACUACUGCUGCUACUACUAUUGCUACUACUACUACUGAGAGUGUGGUUGUGCUUGGAUCUGGUGUAAGAGUGAAGGAAUGCGCGGGGCACCAGCUGGCGGGAGCGAGAGAGAGCGGAGUGUAUGAAAUUUAUCCCUCAGAAUGCCGUCCAGUCAAGGUGUGGUGUGACCUGGAGACGGCAGGAGGCGGGUGGACAGUCUUCCUUAACCGUCAGGAGACAGAGAAAACGGGAAAAAGACAGGAAAAUUUUACAAGAGAUUGGAAAGAUUACAGCCUCGGAUUUGGCGAUGUUAACGGCGAAUAUUGGCUUGGUAACGAAAUUUUGCACAGGCUCACCUCCAGGGAGCCUCACAUACUGAGAGUGGAUGCAGAAGACUUUGAAAAUAGUCGACGAUUUGGCCAGUGGCAUAGAUUUCAAGUCGAGGAUGAGAAGCAGGGGUACAGACUACUGGCCGUGAUGUACGAUACAAAUAGUACACUAGGAGAUGGACUAUUGUGGCACAGCGGCAUGCAAUUCUCAACUAUCGACAGAGAUAAUGAUAAGCAUAAAGGAAGCUGUGCGCAUGAAUAUAAGGGAGGAUUCUGGUAUAACGUCUGCCAUAACGCAAAUCCAACGGGAAUACUAGUCAAUUCAGACCAGUUCGAUUCCGUUGGCUGGGUCUAUUGGUCUCCUAGGCGAUACAAAUGGGCUAGUCUUCGGUUCCUGCAGCUCAAGUUACGCCCUAAGAGCUUCGGCAGUCCCAGCAGCGACCAGGCAGGCCCCGGGGAUUGUUAAAAGGGCGUGAAAUUUGUGACAAGCCAGAAUCAGAGUUUUUGCGUGUUUUCAACGGCGUCACAAUUCAAUGAUUUUCAGUUUUCUUUGCUUUCAUUACUCUAGCUACUGUGUUUGGUGCGUUUUGUUGUUAUUGUUGUGUUUUUUAAAGUGUUUUGUGUGUUUAGAAGGUGUUUUGUGUGUUUUUCAAGGUGUUUUAUGUGUUUUGAAGGUGUUUUAUGUGUUUUUCAAGAUAUUUUGCGUGUUUUCAAGGUGUUUUGUGUGUUUUCAAGAUAUUUUGCGUGUUUUCAAGAUGUUUUGUGUGUUUUUGAAGGUGUUUUAUGUGUUUUUGAAUGUGUUUUGUGUGUUUUUCAAGAUAUUUUGCGUGUUUUGAAGGUGUUUUGUGUUUUUGAAGGUGUUUUAUGUGUUUUAGAAGGUGUUUUGUGUUUUUCAAGAUAUUUUGCGUGUUUUGAAGGUGUUUUGUGUGUUUUGUGUGUUUUUGAAGGUGUUUUAUGUGUUUUAGAAUGUGUUUUGUGUGUUUAGAAAGUGUUUUGUGUGUUUAGAAGGUGUUUUACGUGUUUUGUGUGUUUUUGAAGAUGUUUUAUGUGUUUUAGAAUGUGUUUUGUGUGUUUAGAAAGUGUUUUGUGUGUUUAGAAAGUGUUUUGUGUGUUUAGAAGGUGUUUUACGUGUUUUGAAGUUAAGGUGUAGUGCAAGUUACUGGAAUUUUUAAAGGAUAGUUUACUUGUCAGCAUGGUACUAGUAAUAGUCUCAUUAAUACUAUCAUAAUGUCUGUCCAUAAUAAGAAGAGGUAAAUUAAAAUAAAAACUGUAAACAUUUAUAUAGUCAGGUUAGGUUAGGUUACGUUACGUUAGGUUUGGUUUGGUUACGUUAGGUUAGGUUAGGUUAGGUUAGGUUAGGUUAGGUUAGGUUAGGUUAAGUUAGGUUAGGUUACGUUAGGUUAGGUUAGGUUAGGUUAGGUUAAGUUAGG